UCUGGAGAAAUACAGGGCAAUUUCUUUUAGAAAUGGAUUUUAAUAGUCAUGUGGAUUCCGCUCUCGACACACUUUUGGAAAACACAAAGUUCCUAAAGGAAAUGGCGGCAGCUGUAUCCGAGCUUGAUGUCGAUGGAGAAUACGCCAAGAUGAUGGAGGACAGAGCCCGGCGGCACGUGGCGGACGCCGAGAAUCUAAUCGGGCUGAAGAGCAAGCACAAGGCCCUGGACCAGGAACUGCGACAGUGCGCUAAUGAGAGCUCUACCCUUGAGGAGCUUGAGCGGAAUUGGCCCAAGCGGCAGGAGGCCACCGAGAAGAAGACGACGAACGUCAAGAACACAACCGAGUACAAGAACUUUAAGAAGACUGUGGAAGACACAUUGGCCAACGGCGAUGAUUCGGAAGAACGAGCAAGCGGCAACGGCGACGACAACGAUGUAAUCGUGGAGGACGACAUGGAAGCCGGCGGCGAGAUAUUCUCGCUGUACGAUCCCUGGUCCAAGGCCCUGAUGCGCAACCCCGUCCGCAACACUCAUUGCCGCCAUCUGUACGAUCGCGAUUCGGUGUACGCCGUUAUCAAGGACAACAUAGGCAUUCGCUGUCCGGUCCUAGGAUGUGCCAAUAACAAAUACAUCCAGCCAGGCCACCUUGUUCCAGAUCUGAAAGUCCAGGAAAUGGUGCGAGCGCGGAUUGCUGAGGAGGCGAUGGAGCAGGAAGCCUCCUCUUCAGAGGACGACGAGAACUGAAGUAAUGUUAACUUUCAGUUUUCAGAUUAUUUAAGUUAUUAAAAUAAGUAUAUUUAAAUAUAAAAUAAGUAUAUUAAAGGGAUCUAAUUAA